UUUUCCCACCAUCGCGAAAAGUGAAAUAGAAAUUAUGUAUUCGUUUUAUUACAGUCGGACACAGUGGCGUAGCAAUAUUCAUAAUUCCAAUAUAUUUUUUUUUAAUUGAAAGAUGUAGAAGAGAUAAAUGGACUUAACCCUCGAAAUAAUCACUUGCGAAUUUGUUGUAUCGUACGCUACUGGCGACGUGAGACACUGCACUAUUUUGACGGAUUUUUUUGAGGUUAAAAUUUCAGUUUUCGAAUAUACACGUCAUAAGGGGCAACUGAAAUGGAUAUAACAAUAUUAUUUAAAGCCUGUGUAAAAACAGUAAGAACGACAAAUAAAAAUUUAGGUAGAAAAGAAGAGAGCACCAACAUACUGAAGAUUUCUCGUGACACCAACCUCAGUAAAGCUAAAGAAAUAGUAAAACAAAUCGGAAAGUUGCACGACUUCCUUAUUGAAAAUCGGAUGGGUUACUUAAACGUUGUUAACUAUUUGUCGACGAAUAAAACGAUGACGGAACUUGACCGUCAAGAAGUCGACACAGUUGCCCAGACUAUAAUCAACAAUUGUACGACAGAGUUAACCACCUGCCGACAGACUAUCCACCUACAGAAAAACACGAAACAAAAGGAGGAACACUAUGAGAACGUUAUCGACUCGAUUGACCGUUACCUUAAGCAAGUAUCAAAAAUCUACACAGAGGCGAAAGCGGUCCGAGUGAAACGUGUACUCGAAGCUCAUAAACUAUCGAAAUUAGAAACGAAACCCGACCAACCUACCUCGAAGGACCCCGUCCGUAAACCGAGCAUUACAGUGCCGAUGCAUACACAUGAAACGGUCGAAAAUCAAUUAUCUCCCGAAGAAAUGCAAAUGUUCGAAUCCGAGAACGAUCUCAUGUUUGACGAAUUGAACAGUUUAUCGGACGAGGUGAAGCAGAUCGAAAGCAAGGUCGUGCAUAUAUCGGAGCUGCAGGAGCUGUUUACCGAAAAAGUAUUGCAACAGGAGCAGGACAUCGAAAGAAUCGCAACGACGGUAGUGAAAUCGACCGACGAUAUGAAGGAUGCGAACGAACAGAUACGGCAGGCGAUUCAGAGGAAUGCGGGAUUAAGGGUGUGGGUUUUAUUUUUUUUGUUAGUGAUGUCUUUUUCGUUAUUAUUUUUAGAUUGGUAUAAUGAUUAAAUUCCUAAUGUAUAUAGCCAUUUUGUAAUUUAAAAUUAAAAAUCUGAAUAAUA